GUAUACUUAUGACACAGGUCCCUACUACCCUGUUGUUAUGUCAUGACGGCAAACUCAAAACGACCGAAUUGGUUAGGGUGUAUAUACUGGAAGCUUUAGGGUACCGUUUACGAAGUCAUUAUGUUGUCUCAAAACAUGAGACAACACUGGGUCAUCGAAUCCAGUGCGUCCACGCCAGAAUUUGAUUGAGUACUCGUAACAUGUGCUGCAUAGCUGAUCUCUUUUAGAAGCCCUAUUAUGUAUCCAGUAGGUAUUCUCGCAUUUUCAGAUAACCCGAUGCAUCAUGGUUCCAACAUGUGGACAACAGGAUGUUUGGAUACUUACGGUCUCCACAUCAGGCCUGAAUAUAUAUUGAAUGGUAUUGUUUCUUUUUAAUCUUGUCCCUGUGGUUUAUCUAUCUAUCGAAGGUGACCAAGGCGUAUUAGCGAACGAAAUCGAUGCCCGACCAACAUGAAGUAUAGCAGCUUCUGUGAAUACCGCGAUGGCUUCGAGCUGAAUAGCAAAUUAUCUCCAAUCUUUCGUUCGUUGUCCAACCAAGAAUGCCCUAAAUUCUAUUGUGUAAAUCCGAAACAGGCCCAUUGACCAUCUAAUUCGUUUUGACUGUGGUAGCGCAACCCACGCCACUCUUCGGCUCCCGAAUGCCCCCUCAUUGUCCUCGCUCGGGGAGGUCAUGCCUGUAUCCCCGCACAAAGAGCUGUAAGGAAUCUUUGAGAGUGGAUCCACACUGCUGCAUACGUAAGGCAUUUUUGGGGAUCCUAAGGGAUGUACUCUUCACGGGGGAAAUCCCAACUCUCUACGCAUACUUGUGCACGGCCCGAAGUGUCCCUCCCGACAACGCGUCCAACGAUGGACAACUUUGAGGUACUCAUGUCUGGCACCCCCGGCCAACUCUCGACCGACGACUUGGGCGAAGUACUCGAGCCAUUCGUCAACUCAGAGGGCUUACCCAUUUACUCCUUGGAUAAUGUGUUAACCUUUCAGCAAGACGACUUCAGUUCUCCUUCAGCCCUGUGCUCGUCGAGACCCCAUACUCCCCCUGAGCCGUUCAAACGUGAAGACGUAUCCUCAAGUCACUGGACAGAAGGAAAGGAAGACGGUACCCAACUACCGCUCCCCCUCGACAUCACUACUCCUAGUAGCGACGCGACGCGAUCAAGUGUCGAGCCCUCGAUCGGCCCGAAUGAAGGUGAACGGCUCCCAACAAUCUUUAGCUUCGAUCAGCCACAAGCUCGAGAACCGGUUGUCGCCACUGGUUAUGCUCACGUUGAGCCGAUCCCAUGGGAGUCCAUCCAGUAUUCCGAGUUCUCCAUGUUGCGUGGACCCAGUAUGGAUGCUCCUGCCCCGUACAACAGCAAUAUCUCUCUCGCUGGACAACCUACUUGGAUGCAGCAAGCCUCUCGGGGAACGGAAUAUCCGAUUCCUGUCUUAUCAGUAUAUCCUCAGGCGCAGGUCGCCUAUAAUCAACAUCCACAGGCACUCCAAAUGCCCAAUUAUACUGCUCGUCGUCGUUCCAUCUCGCGUUCCCGGUAUCCCCGCGCCCCUCGUCCAAACAUGUACUAUCCUUACCCAGCUUUCGGAUCGUCCGAGUAUAUUGGCAAUUCAUUCCCCUACUGUGCACCUUCCUUGAAUAUUUCGGGACCUAUGUCCAGCUUCGCUCAUAUGACGUAUCCACCUGGUUCCUCUGUCGCACCUACCAAUCUCGGCACCGACAUGCUUACUGCGCCGGUAUAUUCUAAUGUUCCGGGUCCGUCGCAAAAUCCUUCGGUCGUUCACCAACCUAUCAUUCACUUUGGAACGCAAAACAGCCUCCCCCAUGACGACUUCGGUAUUUCUAUGCCUCAACACACUUCUGCUUUUCCUUCUCUUAAUAUGCCUACUCCCGUUGCUGCUGCGUCUACCGCGGUGUCUCAACAUUUGUCACCGUCACAAACUGUAUCUCGAAAGCGUCCUCGCGAGGACGAAGAACUUAGGAACCAAUUGCCUACUUCCAAUGCAGGCGAUCCACCCGAAACCCAGUCCAGGAAGGGAAAUCCACGACGAGACAUCGUCCCUCAACCGGGCGUAUUAUACCAGUGCCGAUGGAGGAACGCGGAUGAGUCGCUCUGCGGAAUGAAGCUGCAAGUUGUCAGCGAAGAGGGGAAGCCCCUGCGUAACGUUUGGACUGACCAUCUCAAGUCUCACAUUUCUCCUGAUACUUCCAAAACGGACAAAAUCGAAUGUCGAUGGAAAAAUGCCGAUGGAAGUGAAUGCCCUGGGAAGUCUCAAUUUGAACGUUGUGGUCGACACAUCGUCGAAAUACAUUUCGGAUUGGCAGAUAUCGAGUGCCAGAAAUGUGGAAAAUGGAUCUCUGGGGGUAUCACACGUGUGCGGGAACAUGACAAACGUACGCACAUCAAGAAACAACGCCUAUAGCAAGCAGGCCGCCCUUCAUCGCACUCGGUGACAGUCACAGGUUUUUGGUUUUUUUUUCUGUCUCAUGUUGUUGGUCCCUCGUGUUUUCAUCUCGCUGAAGCUACCGCUACGGUAUAUUACUUAUGCUAAUCUAUUCAACUGCUACUGCCUCAACUCGUAUCCUAGGUAAUAGGGAGUAGUAGUCUGACAAUAAUAAUAAUAUUCAUUG